GCAGUACACAAUUUGUUGUUGUCAUUAUUCAGCUCCACGCAGUUUAUUUAGUUGCUGCUUACUUUGUCAAACGCUUGAAUGGCUCUCUGGGUCGUCCGAUGGACGGAAGUGUCAGUCUCUCCAGACUCCACCAGGGCCAAAGCUUAACAACACCUGGGUCUCGAGAAUUUCCCCGGUUUCCAGAGUCUGGAAGGUGAGUACAAAAAAAAUUGGCAUCCCCCGCUGUCGGAACUCUUUCGUCCAUUUUUCGGGGAGACAGGGAGUGUGAGAGUGGAUGCCAAAAAGGUAGUCCGCUCGGUAGUAGUUCCAGCCCCAUUGUUCUUUUUGAAGAAGGUCCCCUUGUUGGGGUUUGCCGCCUGCCAACGCGAAAAAUUUAAAGCAGGUCCCUGAAACUACGGCUUGUAUUUUUUCUCUUCAUUUUUAUUGCCGCGGGCUUAUAUAUUGUUUGAACUUCGGUACAUUCUUAUGUAAACAUCGGAUCGUGGAACGAAAGAGGGGGAGUUGUUGCUCUUAUAACUCCCUUGACAACCAAGACAGGAUAUCCCGACUUGUGACUUUCAACUCAUUUCUCGCCAGUUUCAUGCUUUUAUUUUUUCAACUCUUUAUAUCAGCGCUCACUCACAUCGACGAUCAAAUAAAGUCUGCCGCCUUCCGACAUCUCACAGCAGACCCCCAAACCUGGUCAACAGAUUUGGCCCAGUUGCAGUCGAGAACGAUUGCGUGCUCUGGAUGACGCCUUUGCUACCUGCAUACUCCAACAAGACGCCAGCAGCGUCAUACACUCUGAUUCGGCUGCCACAACCCGCCAAGCGGUAGCGAAUAGCUGCAAGGCUGCGAACUGGAACGUGGGGUGUGUUACUGGGGGAGGGGGGGAAGCAACCAUCUACACGCAUUUGCUCACGCUCACGCACUGCAUAGCACCAUCGUUCCGGAAAUAGAGAAGGCGCAUUUCUGGAAGCAGCGAGGGGAGGAGUUAGAGGAAAGGUUGAAAAAGAGGGAAUCUGGGGUAAAAAGGGGGGUUGGCAUCUCUUGUCUUUGCCUCUCACAUCCCGUUCUGGUGAUAGCAUCAGCGAGGUUGUUGCAGGUGGAAGAGUGAGAAACUUCUUCUCUUAUCCAAUUUUUUGGAACUCCCGCCCAAUACGUUGUGUGAGAGCUGGGCGGCCAUUGGCUCGAUAUCUCUCUUCACUACUUUGCAACACUCAUUCACGCACACCCUCUGUUUCGGUCUCUCUCGGUCACAACACUAUCCUUUCAGGGAUCCGGAUUUACACGUAUUACAGCUUGCUGGACCCUGAAAUAUCCAAUCUUGUUGGAACAUUUGGAGCCUUAUCUUGCCGGAAAGCGACGGCAUUUCACUCGUGACUAAACAGCACAUCACGACAACCCUCCGUUUCGUAAACCAUGGGUCUCUUGGCGCUGGGAACGGCCUUGGAUUGGCCAGAGGCGAAGACGAAGGCUCAUCAUGUCAGGGCCUGGGGCAUCAAGCAAUUGCUGGAGAUAUGGAAUAAGGCCAAGGUCAAGGAGAGAGAUGCCAUGCUUUGGGGUGACGAGGUCGAGUACCUUGUCGUGACAUAUUCCAAAGAUGACCCCAAGGUUUUGCUCUCUUUGAGGCAGGCUGAUAUCCUCGCUGCUCUGGCUGGAGACAAGGAUCUGGCCAAGGAGGUUACGCCCCCUGCCUCCCCCGGUGGGACGAAACCAAAGGACAAGUAUCCAUCCCCAGUCUUCCAUCCCGAAUUCGGCAGAUUUAUGCUUGAAGCGACCCCUGGUAAGCCAUGGGGCAUCGACUUCAAGGAGCUCUUGCAUGUUGAGCCUGAUAUGAAGUUAAGGCGAGCCAUUGCCAAGGAUCACAUGUUGCCUAAUGAGUACCCAAUCACCUUGACAACCUUCCCCAGGAUAGGUAGCCCUGGCGUUUUCACUGAACCCCAUUAUCCAGUCUCGGGACCCAAACUGAGGUCACAAUUUGUCCCCGAUGAAAUCGCCAAUCCUCACAUUCGUUUCCCAACGCUCGCUGCCAACAUCCGAUCCCGGCGUGGCCGCAAAGUACAGGUCAACGUACCUGUGUUCAGAGAUGAGAACACGCCAUGGCCGUGGAAGGACCCAACUGUCAACUACGACCUUCACAACUGGCCCGAAGACGACGACGUCCGGAAUGGCGCCGCACCAGACAACUUUAUUCACAUGGAUGCCAUGGCGUUCGGCAUGGGCUCUUGCUGUCUUCAGAUCACCUUCCAAGCAAAGAACAUCACCGAGGGUAGAAAGAUGUACGACCAGCUCUCACCCCUCGGCCCCAUCCUCCUGGCGCUGACGGCUGCCACACCAAUCUACAAGGGUUUCCUCGCCGAUACCGAUGUGAGGUGGAAUCAGAUCAGCAAAGCUGUUGAUGAUCGCACUGCCGAAGAACUAGGCGAGAAGCCUCUACAAAACGACCGCUGGCGUAUUCCUAAGUCGAGAUAUGCCUCCAACUCGACCUACAUCUCCGAAGACCCCAGGCUGAGGGAAGAAUACCUCGAUCCCAACCUAGUCAUCGACCCCGAAAUCAAGCAGCAGCUCCUCGACGGCGGCAUGGACGACCGCCUCGCCACCCACUUCGCUCACCUCUUCAUCCGCGACCCCAUCGUCAUCUUCAACGAAGACCUGGAAGUCCUCGACCUCUCCAAGACGGACCACUUUGAGAACAUCCAAAGCACCAACUGGCAGCACAUGCGCUUCAAGCCUCCCCCAGCGGACAACAACAUCGGCUGGAGGGUAGAGUUCCGCCCAAUGGAGAUUCAAAUUACCGACUUCGAAAACGCGGCCUUUUCGGUCUUUAUGGUCCUCAUCACGAGGGUGAUUUUGUCGUUUGACCUCAAUUUCUACAUCCCCAUCACCAAAGUCGACGAAAACAUGGAGACCGCCCACAAGCGGGAUGCUGUCCUUCAGGAGAAGUUUUGGUUUAGGCGUAACCUCUUCUCCUCCCGGCCGUCGAGGGGCUCAGGCUCAGGCACCAACACCCCCCGCUCUGGUGGCGGUGGCAGCAGGGCCAACUCGCGCCCUCCGUCGCCUGUUGGUCCGGUGGAAGAUGAGUACAAGCUCAUGACUGUCAACGAGGUCAUCAAUGGCGACGAGGAGGGGGAGUUUCCGGGUUUGAUCCCGCUUGUGGAGAGUUAUCUGGACUCGGUCAAUGUGGACGUGGCGACCAGGUGUCAGUUGGCGAGGUAUUUGGAUUUGAUCAGGAAGAGGGCGAGUGGGGAGUUGUGGACGGCGGCGAGGUGGAUUAGGGAGUUUGUCAAGGGGCACGAGGGGUACAGGAGGGAUAGUGUGGUUAGUGAGGAGGUGAACAAGGAUUUGGUGGGCAAUGUGAUUGAGAUUGGAGAGAGGGAGGCAAAGGGGAAGGGGUUUAAAGGGUUGGGUAGGGGGGUUGAGAAACUGCUGGGGGGGUUUUAG